AUGGCCAGUCGCCUGCCUCCUCUGAACGAUGUGGCGCCCUCGUCGAUCCUGGAGCCACCGACAUCCGUGACCAGCACUCCAGCAUCAGGACCACCACCGCUGCUCACGACGACCCCGUCCUCCUCCAUCCUCCUGACCCCGAUUCCCGAGGCAGACUGUGUGAAGCAGGAAGACUCGCCGACCCCGUCCGGGUUCACCUCCGCCGAUGCCGAGACUCCCUUGGCGGACUACAUUGGCGGGCCCGCAACGGCCGCCGGACGCAAGCGCAAGCUGAAUAGCACCUCGUCGCGCGGCGUAGCCAACCUGACCCCCGAGCAGCUGGCGAAGAAACGAGCCAACGAUCGCCAGGCCCAGCGGGCUAUCCGGGAACGCACCAAGUCGCAUAUCGAGUCGCUGGAGCAGCGCGUGCGCGAGCUGUCGUCUCAGAAACCGUUUCUGGAUCUCCAAGCGGCUCUCAAGCAGAAUGAAGCGAUUCAGGCGGAGAAUUGCGAGCUGAAGCAGGGGCUGAAGGCUGUCAUGGAUAUCAUACAACCGUUGCUUGCGAAGCACGAUGCGACGGCUUUCCCACCACCACCACCACCACCACCUCCUCCUCCUCCUUCUCAUACCGCUACUGCUCAUUCUCUCCCGCCUUUGAAUCCUCUGUCGAAUCCCCCACACUUCUCCGAGACGCAUCACUUCACAUCGACUACCCAUAGAUACGAACAGUCCUACUCAACUUCCACUCCCGGCGCGGGAACACCUACAUCAACACACUCGGCACCGGUGGUCAGUAUGCGGCGGGAUAGCGGCAACGGCAUGGCAUCCUUUCGCAUCGCGUUCGACUAUCAGCGCGACAAUCUGGCGCACGGGUUAGAUUUCGGCGCCGACGAAAGGCUGGGAUUCAAUUUCUUGCUUGAUGCGUCCCAACAGGUUCCCAAAAUGGAAGGUUUCCGGCGAUCAACUGAGAGUCUUAGGCCAUCUCAGUCGUCUCAGAUGAACACACCUCUAGCAUAUACGCCGUCACCGAGCGCCGCGGGGCCAGAGCAACCAUUACCCGCAUACAUGACGCCGAUUCGGAAUAUCGCUCCGACAUGCACACUAGACGCCAUCUUACUGGAUUUCCUCCAUCACCGACAGCGUGAAGCUGCCCAAGGGGUGCCCACACAGAGACUCGUUGGGCCUCCGUAUCCAAGUGUUUCAUCUCUGCUGAAUCCGGAGAAAGGCGCUUAUUCCCACCCUCUCUCCAAGGUCUUUACGGAUAUUCUGCGCACAUUCCCGGACAUUUCCUCCUUGCCCGAGCAAGUGGCGGUGCUCUACUCGAUGUUUGUGCUCAUGAGGUGGCAGAUCUAUCCCACGGCCGAAAACUACGAUCGGCUGCCUGACUGGCUCACCCCCCGCCCUUCUCAGCUCCUCUCUCCUCAUCCUGCCUGGAUCGACUACCUGCCUUGGCCACGGAUGCGCGAUCGGCUUGUUAUGUCUUACCAGGACUACCCAUUCGACAGCUGGUUCAUCCCGUUCACCCGGACCCUGUCGGUCAACUGGCCGUAUGAGGCCACGGACUGCCUCCUGUCCACCAAUGACAAUGAGGACCUCAUUAUCAACCCGGUCUUUGAACGCCAUUUCAGAAAGCUUAGCAAUUGGUCUCUGGGGCCAGCCUUCGCCGAGGCGUUUCCGCAGUUGGUCGAGACCGCGCGAAUCAAAACCAACUGA